ACAUGGCGGCGCCCAGCGCCGGGGGGCCCCGUCCGGGCCGCGGGUGACGGAGCGGCUGUGGCCCCGCCGGGGCGGCCCCGGUGCCGGUGGUCCCGGUGGUCCCGGUGGUGCCGGUACCGGUCGCGGUCGCUAUGGACCUCCUGUUCGUGCUGCUGCGCGGGCUGCGGCUGGCCCUGGAUCUGCUGGUCCUGGUGCUGGACGUCAACUUCUUCCUGGUGUCCUCGCUGGUCUCUGCGCUGCUCUGGCUCCUCGCCGCCGCCUGCAGCCUCGCAGCCGCCGCCGCCGCCGGGGUUGUGGCGUGCUGGGACGGGCUGCUCCUCGGGCUGAGCUCCGUAGCCCGGGCAGCCGGCUGCCUGGCGACGGGCGGGCUGCAGGGGCUGGCGGGGCUGCUGCGCGGUUGCUGCUGCGGCCUGGAGGGGCUGAAGGUGGCCGGGCACCUCCUGUCGCACCUGGGGCUGCGGGGCAGGGAGCUGCUGCACCGCGGGUUCUGCGGGCUCCUGGGCUGCGGGCAAGCCCUGGCCCGGCAGGUCUGCGAGGGCCUGGCCAUCGGCACCAGCCUGCUGGCUUACCUGGUCAACAGCCUGGUCAACGUCUGCCUCAUCGGCACGCAGAACCUCUUCACGCUGCUGGUGGCUCUCUGGGACUCCCUGGCCGGCCCUUUCCUCAGGGUCACCGACCUGCUGGCCGCUUUCCUCGCCCACGUCUCCAGCGGCACCAUCGCCAUCUCCAUCCUCCUCUGGUCACCUUGCCAGUUGGCCUUGGAGCUCUUGGCUGCCGGCGCCGAGCUCUUCGUCAGCAUCUUCUUCGUCAACGUCUACGGCCUGGGCUUGCUCCUCCUCAUCGUCGCCGUCGGAGCUUUCAUUUUCAACCCUGGGUUGCUCUGGACUCUGACGGGCUACGUGCUGGGCUACUUCCAAACCUUGCCUUCCUACCACCGCCUGCAGAGGGACGUCUGGAGGCUCUACCAGGUGGCAGUCCUCACCCUGGGCAUGGCCGUCACCUCCCAGGCCUGGCGCAGGUUGGUGGAUUGGAGCCUGCAGGUGACCGACUGGAGCCGGGGAGGGGACAGCGACCGAGGGGGGCAGGCGGCCCCGAGGGCCAUGGGUCCCGGCAGGCUGGCGGUGGAAGGGGUCUGGCAACUGCCAGCCCAGCAGGAGGACCAGCAGAUGGGUGCCGGGCAGGUACCACAGCCACGUCCUGCUCUCAGCCGAAGUGCUGGGGUGGGACAACGUCCCCAGACAGCCAGGGAGGAACCGAGCACCUCCCGGGGAAGAGCUCCCCGGAGGCAGGAGCUGAACGCGGCGGAUGGGGAUGGAGAGGGUGCUCCGGAUGAUGACCCUUGGAUGCUGCUGAAAGAACAAGAGGAACGUAAGAAAUGCGUCAUCUGUCAAGACCAAACCAAGACAGUUCUGCUUCUGCCCUGCAGGCACCUCUGCCUCUGUCAGGACUGCACAGAAGUCCUGCUCCAGCAGGCCAUUUACCAACGCAACUGCCCGCUGUGCCGCCAGAUGAUCCUCCAGACCCUCAAUGUCUACCUGUGAACCCCAAAGGGAGGGGGUGGCUUGGGUCAUUCUCACAGAAAGUCGAGGGCAACCCUGUUUCUGCCUCUUCCCAGGAAGCAGAACUUCCCAGGGCUGCCUCAAGCAGCUUCAAAAGAACUAAGGAUGGUGCUGAAAGGGCCAAAGGCUGCUGGGGGUGUUUGCCAGCCACGUUUCAUCUGUAUCUAGGUUGUAGCUCUUGCUAGCAAGCACAAUAACUGAUCUCUGCAUCAGGCUGAAAGAGUCACCUUUGUUUUUGUCAACAACUUCUGUUUCAGGGCCUGUUGCCUCGAGCCUGCAGCAGUCUGAGAUCCAAAGCAGAGUGCAGGAAGAUGCUCUGGCCCCUCCUAGCCAAAGCCAAGGGGAAGGUUAAAGGCUUUGUUCUCCUGGGAAUCACAGGGGCUGGUGCAAGACAGGUUGUUGUUUUUUUUUUCCUGAUCAUAAUGCCACCUGGCAGACUGCAUUCAGACCUGUUCCCUUCUCCUGCCACCUAAGUGGGGGAGCUCCCUGGGAAGGAAAGGAGAGCAAUGAGCACACUUAUAUUUUUUAGGCUUUGCUCCCAGAGGGCUGAACCUGGCUCUCAACUGGAGAAGAGCAGGUUUUCUGAGGUACUUCAGUAUCCCAGUCACCAUGGCAUUGGAUUUUGAGCUUCCUGUGAAGUCCUGAGCUGUGGUGACUGCAGGCUCCCUGGUGCAGAGCUCAGUGUUGCUUCUGCUUCCACACAUCACCUAUGCAAGUCCUGCAAGCACACACCAGGUUAUUCACACGAGGAGGCUGGAGGGACUCAGACACUCUGCAAGGGGCAGUGGUGCUGCUUAGGGAACCCACAGGGUGCUCACAGCCCUGGCAGCAGCAGCAACAAAUGUCUGAGCUGCUGCUGAAGGAUCCUCUCUAGAUAAUGCACAUUUUUUUCCAGGCUUGGUGUGCUAUGGAGCUGGAUGGUUGACACCAGUGCUGCUUCCCAGGCUAGCUGGAGUGACUCUGGGAGGAGAGGGGACCACAAAGCUCCUGAGACAUUCCAGCUCCAGGCACAAGUUCUCCAUAUCUUCUGCUGAUCUGCAGCAGUGUGCCUGGAGCAGUACCAGGACCAUGGCUUUCUUUGAUUAGGGCAGGGUUACACUGUUGUUCUGUCUUACUGUUUGUCAGAAACGUAGUUAGUCUUAUUUAAAAGUGUCCCCUGGAGUCUAAAAAGAGUAUUGAAUCUUGGCUGGGGAGGGCCUGAGAUGGCUCAUCCCAGCUUGAUCAACCAGCACCAUUCCAAGAAACGUCUGGGCUGCAAGAGGACCUUGCACUAAAAAGCUUUUCCUUUUCCAGCUGCUUGCCUGAGCUCAGCCACUCACCACAGCCAACUUUGGCUGGAGCCAGACUGGAAAAAAUCUUGUCUCCUGGACUGCAAGCCAAGAGCCUGAGGCUGGCUGGCAUGGUCUUCCUUCUCUAUUCUCCUUCUUCCCCAGUGAUUUAAGCCAAAACAGAGGCAGAAGAGAGGCCAGGCCAUCUGGGAGUUGCUUCUGCUCUGCAAACCUGAGCUGUGGGAAGACAGGAUCUUGUUGGAGAGUGGCUUUGCUCUGGGAGGCACUGAAGGUGCUGUUGAUGGGUUGGGACCAGCUCAUAGAUCUCGGGGUGCAACAUUUCCUAUGUGAAUUGCAGGGGGGAAGGGCACCUCCCCAGCCCUGCAGUUUCUCCCUCAAACCCUUUUUCUAUUCCAGCAGUCACGCUUAUUGUUUUAGGGCCUGUAUGUUUGCUGCCUGUUUAUACGAAAAGAGAAAGCUUUGCCUUAAGUUUAACUCUUUGCACUAUGGACUAGAUACUGAGCAGAUUAAAGUCUC